CAUUUACAUGUCAAAAUGGACCUAACUUCUUCAGACUUAGAACAAGAUUUCGUUUAUUCAACAGGCGUUUGCUUCGAUUCUGACGAUUCAGAUGAAUUUACAAACAAUAACGCUCUCGGUGAUGACAACACUCCAAACGAAAAUUACACAACGUCACCAAGUAACGUUGAAUUAAACGACAGAGACGAAAAUGGGGAAGAAAGUUCACAUGUUUCAAAAUUAAAUGAAAACAAUAUCCAAUACAACUUCAAUGAUAGUGAAAUAGAAAAUGACAGGGAAAAUAAUGGAUAUAUACAACACACAGUAUCUGAAGAUCAGAUAUGUAUGCAGAUAAACCCAGGAGACAGAUCUAUGCCCAGUAAUCCAUCGCAUGCUACUGUGACUGUUGAAAGUAGAAAUCCAGAGACUAAACUAAAAGAAAUUAAAAGAUACCAAUGUGAUUACACGGACUGUUCUAGAACUUACAGUACUGCUGGAAAUCUCAGAACUCAUAAGAAGACACAUAAAGGAGAAUAUACAUUUGUGUGCAAUGAAGGAGGCUGUGGCAAAGCUUUCCUUACUUCUUACAGCCUGAAAAUUCAUGUACGAGUUCAUACAAAAGAAAAACCAUACAACUGUGAUUUACCUGAAUGUGAAAAGGCUUUCACCACACUAUACAGAUUGAGAGCACACCAGAGGAUCCAUACAGGAAAGACAUUUAACUGUGGAGAGGGAGAAUGCAGGAAAUUCUUCACUACCCUUAGUGACCUCAAAAAACAUAAAAGAACACAUACCGGUGAAAGACCUUACCAGUGUGAUGAGAAUGGAUGUGGCAAGGCUUUUGUAGCUAGUCAUCACCUAAAAACACACAUAAGAAGUCAUACAGGUGAAAAGCCAUUUUCCUGUGAUGGAUGUCCAAGAGCAUUUACUACAAAUUACAGUCUAAAAAUUCAUAAAAAGAAUCAUGAAAGAGAUGUAGAAUCUGAACGGGUGAUACAAUCUUAUGCUGAUCAGUUAUUAAUGCUCUGUGAUCCAGUUGAAGAAAACCAGUUACAAAAUUACAGUCCAGGCAGUUUACAGGAAAUCACUCCUGCAAUGUUACAAUCAUCCCCAUCAGUUCAGAACUCAGCUGAAGAUGGGUCAAACAUUCCUCAAGUGAUCAGUCAAAUACAGAUAGUGCCUUCGUCAGAAGGAGCUUGCACAUUAAUAAAUCUACCUCCAGUUCUUCAACAAAAUAUAACAGUGAUUGAUGAAAAUCAAAGAAGCACGAUCAUCAAUCCCAAUCCCUCCGAUAUGUCUAGAAACCAAGUUGAAGGUAGUAGCAGUUUUACGAAUAUAAUCGAUCAUGGAAAAUGCAUUUGUUCAACUAUAUCUCCGGUAGAUAGCAUACAGGUUCAGAUCCCUAGCAAUACUCAAGAGACUGGUUAUGACUUGUUAAGCAGUUUGGAAGCAAUGACCAGAGGAAGUGGUGGAGCUGCCACAAUUCAACCUAAUGUUGCCACAGUUCAGCCUAGCAUGGGCACUAUACCUGUGUCAGGUAUUGAAGCGAUACCUCUGGCAAGUCCUCUAAUUAAACAAAGUGAUGGAAAACCAACUGUCAAAGUACAACACUUCCUGAUUACAAAGGUAGUGACCGAUACACCAAAUGGUGAACGGUUUGAAACUGAAAGUGCAGUCGAGUUGCCGAACUUGAGUUCUGCAACAUUAACCAAUAGCCAAACUAAUCUAGGCGACAAUGUUUUAGUUUAUCCACAGUUAGUUAAUCUGACACAGGGUGCUGUACAGGCGGCGGCAACAGCUGUAACCGAGAAAGUAGAUAUAUCUAAAAGCCAUCUGAAAUCAACGGAUGUGACACUUUCACAAACGUAUCCUGCUGUCAGUAGUUGUGAAACUCCCAUCGUUCUAGACUUGACACAACAGUCUGCACAGAUGAUGGCUGGCUGCACAACAAUUGAUUAUUCAGAUAACAAAACACUCUUAGCUGAUCUUGCUGUUAACAAGGAUGCUGAUACUUCCCAGAAUGCACUGGUUGCUGACAAUUCCCAGAAUGCACUGGAUACAGAGUCUGUUUUCUUAGAUGAGGGAACUUGUGCAAAAUGUUGUAUAAAUGUACCUGUGACAAGUCAGUAACUUCAGCUUAUUCUAGGCGACAAAGAAAUUUGGAAAGUGAUAUUUUUGCAUGUUUUUUUUAAGUUUGAUAUAUAUAAUAAGAUUAUAUACUGAGUGCCAAUCUUACAACACAUCAUUUUUCAAGCCACUUUUUGUCCAUUUUUUAAUUAAAGUUCAAAAACUUACCUGUAAGGCAUUCCUUGAACAUAUGGUUACAUGUUUCUUGAACAAUUUAGUCUAUGAUCAAUUUUUAGCAGUUCCUGAACUUGGAAUUGGCUCAAAGAGAUCAAAAGCAAAACAUGUGCAAAAGUCACAGAUUUCUUCCAAUUAUGACCAUGCUCAACAAAAUGCAAAGGUUAAGUGUUAAACCUCAUCAAUUUUUUUUAACUUUUGCUUUAGGGGUUCAUUAUGAUUGUAAUUUGCCAUCCAAGACACAAAUUUCAAAUUUUGGUUAAAAACUAAAAAUUAAAAAAUUGUGAAUGUUAGAUCUCAAAAUUAAAAAAAAUGUCGGAUAUUGGUAUCACGUCAUCGUUGUUGUCGUCAGCAUCGUCCAAAGACAUUUGGUUUCCGGACAAUAACUUUGUAAAUAGAAAUCUAUGAAAUUUAAACACAAGGUUUAUAACCACAAAAGGAAGGUUGACAGGGGUUAAAAAAUUGUGUUACAGCUCACUAGCCCAGGACUUGUUGGUAGCAGGAUUUUACUAGCCCUGUUAGUAGAACUGCUAGCCAAUCAAAACUGGCCUGCUAGCCCGAGUAUGCCUUACAAAUUCAGAAUUUGUUGCAUAAUACAUAGUAGGUGUCCUUUGUUUUGAAAGCGGCAAUAUACACUGUAUCUAAUAAAAUAAAUUGAAUAAAUUUUUGUUUUAUUAAUUAUAACAAGGAUCUCUAGACAUCUUUUUGGAUUUCCCUUGUACUAUGGGUUGUUAAAUAUUUUCGGGCACAGAAAACAUGUUCAUUGGUCUUGUCAUGUGAAACCAGUGAUUCAAUUCCCAUAUUUGUUGUUCCCACAUACAAAGCAGAUUUUUUAUCAGCGUGAUCAGGAAAGUAACGGCAAUAUUCACAAAACAUCAUCUCUUGUUUAUCAUCAGUAACAGCCGACCUUGCCCAAUUGGAAUCUUUCUGUCCAUGACACUAUAAAUGGUUUUUUCCGCUUUUCCUGGUCGUAUUUGGCAUUUUUUGGGAUGAAUUUUCAGCCUCAUUACCCCCUUCAUCUACUGUUUUUCGU